UGUCCCCAAGAGCGAACGGACAACCGUGCACAAGAACCUGAUCUUUGCAUUAGCUGCAGCAGAAGCUCUGCUCAUGUUCAGUGAAUUGGCCAAGACCAACCAGGUGAUGUGUUUCAUGGUCACUGCCUGUCUUCACCUCUUCUUCAUGGCAGCCUUUUCGUGGAUGCUGGUAGAGGGGCUUCUCCUGUGGAGCAAAGUGGUAGCAGUCAACAUGAGUGAAGACAGGAGAAUGAAGUUCUACUAUGUGACGGGCUGGGGCCUUCCAGUCGUUAUCGUGGGUGCCACCCUUGCGACUUCCUUUAACAAGUACGUGGCAGACAACCAUUGCUGGCUGAACGUUCAGGCCAACGUCAUCUGGGCCUUUGUUGGGCCCGUUCUCUUCAUCCUGGCCGUGAACACCUUCGUGCUGUUCCGGGUGGUGAUGGUGACUGUGUCCAGUGCUCGCAGGAGGUCAAAGAUGCUGACGCCCAACAGCAGCCUGGAGAACCAGAUUGGAAUACAGAUCUGGGCCACAGCCAAGCCCGUCCUGGUGCUGCUGCCUGUGCUGGGGCUCACCUGGGUGUGUGGGGUCCUCGUCCACCUCAGCAUCGUCUGGGCCUAUGUCUUCAUCAUGCUGAACUCCCUCCAGGGCCUCUACAUAUUCCUGGUCUAUGCAAUCUAUAACAGCGAGGUGAGGAAUGCCAUCCAGAGGAUGAAGGAGAAGAAGAAAGCGCUCUCGUUCACAAACUGCUCUCAUCCCAUCAACUACUUAUCAAGCCCAAGAAACACGGCCUCCUGGGAGACGGGGAAGCUGAGUCCUUCUGCAGCCGAGAGUGCCUCGUUGAGCCCUGUGCAGAAAGACCCUCCAGUGAAGAACAUCACCAACAAAGGAAAUUUUGGAGCCAAAAUUCCCAUGGGGAUUUCAUCAAUUAUGUCACCCGAGAGACCGGUUUCUGAGGAGUUUCUGGGCGACGAGGUGACAACACUGAGGCUCUUCCAGCAGCCGGGAGAACAGCGG